AUGAGUGCCCGAGGCGGAAGCCGACCACCUCCUCGAGGCCGCCCAAACAAGGUGACGAAGCCUGCUGGAGGCCUCAAGCGCGACGCUCACGGCCGCCAGAGCCGUCACUCCUCCGUCGCCGCCGACCAGCUGGAGCAGCUAGCGCACGAUGCAGAGGCCGAAGCUGAUCACGAAGAUGACGACGAGAUAGCCGUCCCUCCACCUCCCGUUACGUCCUCCCAUCAUCAGAACCAGCACCAGCAGCAUCAGCAGCACCAUCAUCCGAACCCCUUCGACCUCGCCGCCGCCGGCAUUCUAGCCAACGGGCCUCCCGGCUCAGUGCCCGGGCCCGAGGCCGACAUCCACCCCGAUCUGCAUAGCCUGCCGGCCCAGUUCGCCAUGGAAGCCCCGAUGGGUACUCAUGGCGCCGGGGGCUUGUCCCGGACGGCCGAGGACCUCGCUUCUGAAAGCGGAUACGGGCAACUGGUCAUCGAUAGUGCACUCGCCAAACGGCUGGCCAACAACGAGGGACAGCGGCUCGCGGUGCAGCGCCGCCAGGACCAGACUCUCAACCUGAAGAGAAGAAGCAACGUCGAAGCAUUACUGGCUCACGUGUCGGGACAGGAAGCCCAUAGUCCCUGUAAGAGCUGUCACAAGGGAUACGGUCCUUGGAAUGGGUGCGUGGUCGUCAGCGGCCAGAUGUGUGGCAGCUGCGCCAACUGUUGGUUCAACGCGAGCGGCUCUCGCUGUUCUUUUCACGAAAACAACCUUCCUCAGCAUAUGCCAGCCAUCCAGCUUCAGCCUGUGCCCCAGGUGUCUGCGAACACAAGUUUUGCCGGCACAGCGCCAAUGGCUCCCGGCAUGGCCCCCGCAGGCCCCAGCUUCGGGCAGCCUGGCGCCGACCCGACGGUUGCGCAGUUUGUCAAGGAUGUACUGGACAGGGCCAUGGCGGAAGCUCGGAGCGAUAACCCACACGUGCGAUUUCAGCUUCGGAUCGAAACAGCGGCACGGCAGCUAGCUCUUGCUAGCGCCGAGUACGCCGAAUUCCUCUCCCAGCAGGGAGGUCAUGACCCGAGUCAGCAUCCCGAUCCAGAAAGUUCCGUUCCGGAGGCGGCGAUGGGCGAGGGUGACAACGGGGCCUGA